ACACUUUUUCACUCACGUUCCGUAAGUUCGUAAGAAAGAAUAUUGUACGUUUACACUGUAAUAGAAAAGAAAAAGAAAAAAUUAUCGAAACACGAAACUACAAUCGAUCACGGCAACUUUCGGCUUAAGCUUCUUUGAAAACGUGGCGGUAGGUUUAACAAUGUUUAUCUCGCGGCGUCACCGAAUCCAAUGGCGGUAGUGAACAGUGGGGCCCAGUGGGUCUAACGCAGUGGAUUAGAGAGGGUUGGUCGGGGCUGCACGUGUAUCUUAGCGGUCAUUCAAGGUUGAUACUUUAGUGUUUUUGUUUGCUGUUCCUUCAUAGAAACGUACCCUAUAGUUUAUGGAGGAGUUUUCUUAGUCGUUGGACGUCAGUUCUUAACACUACGUCGAGCUAUCAACUUCGUCGAGUGCAGUGCCGUACGAUGUCCAAUAUUAUUUCGUAGUUUGGUGACUUUUUUUUUAUUUCCAUAUAAUUUCUCUCUCAUGGUGAAAACAGUGACGAUCGGCAAAAUCAAAGUGUUGCCUUCCCAUAAGUAUCAUCGUGGCAAGUGUCGUAUGAAGACUUGUGCGUAUGAAAACUCAGCGGAUAUACAUAUUUCUUGUUGCUACGUCGACCCAACAUCUAUGCGAAACGUGGAAAUAAAGAAAUUCGCAAUUGCGAGUUUUUUUUCAUGAAAAUACUCUUUAAGGCAACAGGACGAGAUCCAUACGGGAGCAAUGUAUAUGUGUUCGCAAUGUAAAUACGAGAGCAGACGACAUUUCAACGUUCGUCGUCAUGAAGGGAGGAUUCAUGGAAUAGCAAAAAAGCAACGAGAAUGCUGCGGUACGAUAUUCGUUACGAAGGGCGAAUUCUAUGAGCACUGCGAGAUGGUACAUCCCGAUUUGAGAAAAUGGGCUUCUAUCUCGAAGAAGAAAUACAAAAUGGUGGGAAACGCUUGUUUGGAUAUCAAAUUGGAUUUACCUGCCAUGGACGAUGCGUAUUGUCCAUCGACUUCCGAAUGCGAAACUCAGGCGACCAACGUGAGAAGGAUGUCCGAACGUAUUAAGAAAAAAGCUAUCGCAACAUUGUACCAUAAGAUCAAACCGAUUGGUAAACUGGAAUUCGAAGAUGUGCCGUUAAUUUAUUUUCUGAAUAUGCCUUCGAAAGUAUCAUAUCUAAAGAGUAUUUAUUCGUUGGAUAUGAUCAAGAUGGAACCUGAGACGAGUAUGUUGGGGACAGAUAUUAAAAACGAUGAAAACUUUGGCAAAGGGCAAGAGGUGAAGACUGAAAAUGGUUGCGUCAGGACGCAAGCCGAAGAGAGCAUGGAGCAAAUGUUGCCCUUGAAGAAGCUUAUCUUAACGAAGUUUUUAAAUUCUGGUUUUGAAAACCCAGAAUGCGAGAGUGGUCGGGGCGUUUUAAAAAAUCACAACGCGGUUGGCAACGUGUUUAAGAAAGAAGAGGAGGUGAAGGGUCAGGUGCCGAGAAGCGAUUUCGAAAAAAAGAUUCGGGUGCCUAAGAAGCGCGGGAAAUUUUCAAAACGUAAAUCGAACAAGUCCAACGCUGAAAAUAUACCGUUUAAUAAUCAGAAUGACGGUACUUUCACUUUGAGCGGAUGGGAUGUGGAGCUCGAGGAGAAUAUUUUUUUAAAAAUUGAUGAUAACGUUAACUGGCCGCUGGCUACUGAGAUCCAUCGGGACUUUCUUGGGUCGAUUGACUUUGAUAGAUUGUAAACGACCUUAAAUCAUAUUUUUAUUUCGUUUUCCAUUGUUUUUUUGUAUCUUCGCUAUUUCUCUUUUUUUAUAGAUACUAGAUGCUACAUCUGCAGAAAUGCGUUUUAAUAUAUGAUUUUUUUAUCGAAAAAGACUGUCUUACAUGUAUGUACGUCAGAGAUACGUCAGGUUAAGAUGUAUGAAGAUGUGUUUCGGUAGAAACGAUAAGGAAUAGGAUAUAGAAUUAGAUAAAUAGAAAUAACGAAAAUAAUGUUUCCUAUAAUGAAUUAAAAUGUAUGAAAUAGGUAGCGAGAAGUAUAUUUUCAUACGACAUUUAUACUAUUAUAUUUACAAAACAGUACUUACAACGCCUUGUUGAUAAUGAAAAGAAGGGCACUGAUCUACAUUUUUUAUUUAUUUAUCUAAUUAAUUUUAAUUAUAUUUAAUGUAACCGUUGCACGAUGCAUGAGAUUUAAGCAUUAGAAAUAUUACGAAAACAAAGGUGAUAAUAUAUUUAUAUAUAUAUCAAAGAACGAACUUGGCGAUUACGUAACAUGGGCUUUUAUAGAAAAUCCUUAAUGAAAGAUUUAUUCGUUCCAUCUGUUGCUUUUACGGCUGCGCUCAAAGGUCCCUAUGUUCUUUGCGUAGGAGUAGGACAAUUAAUUUUACGUAUUUCAAUGAAAAAACUAUGUAAAACAUAUGCUAACUUAGACUAUCGACUUUCGUCCGGAACGAUGGGAAACUUAUUACAUUUAGUUCUCGGAUAUACCACGAAAAUUCAUAUAACUUAUGCAUUUCGAGCGACGGCAGCGCCACUCGAUUUAUCCAAAGUACAAGAACCCUAAUUUGUAAUAGCAAUCAAAGAAAAUUGUUCUUGAAACGUUGUUCCGUAAUUAAGCGCGUGGGUCGCCCAUUUGAAAGUUUACACAUUUCUACGGCUGAUUCAAAUUUUCAUUUAUUCUCAUACGUUCCUGGAAGAUCCUCUUGAUUUACUUGUCAAAUGAUUUUGGCGGACCCACGCGAAUACUCGCGUAGGAGCGAAUUAAUUCUCACGAGCUUACGCUCUGCGCAACAUACACACGUCGGCUCAAAUUUUCAUUAAAUCCGAUGAUUUAGUCAAGAGAGUUUCCAAACAUUCGGUUUCAAAGUUCACUUUAAUGCUAGCUAGCGACGCCCUCCGAGCUUCUCAGCCCGACGGCGACAGGCGGCGCCUUGACAAAUCCUGAGCGUACGAACGUCGACACUUGCCGACUGAAAGCUUCGAGUAAAACAUUCAUUGGAUUUUCGAUUAAACGUCAUUCGUGGAUAGAGGAUAAAUAGAGUUACGAAAUAUAUUUUUAUAAUUUCGCAUUUGAUCAAGAAAAAGAUAUUCCUGUAUGUGUAUUCUCGGCUCUCUAUUAUUUAUUAUCUUAUAAUUUAAUAAACCACUAUUAACCAUAA